UGAGAUAGGAGUGGAAGAGGAGGGGCCGAGCUAGACGAAAGGAAAGACCUCUCACACACCACGCAUUUACAGUUAGUUAAAAAAACCCAUCACAGCAAAAGAGCAUUUUCAGAAACUUCCUUCUUCUGCUUCAGAUUUGCUCCAAACAGAAGUACACAACACUUCAUUACUUUCAAACCAAAAUCAGACCCGUUUCUGGUCCUUCACUUGGUUACUUUUCUUGAUUUUAUCCUUACCUUUUUUUAAUUGGCGAAGUUGUUGUUUAAUUUAUGAACAUGUAUGCAACUCUCUUCUUUGAUUUUUUGUUGGAUUUGGAAUUCAAGAUUUUUGAUUCACCCCCUUCUAUUCUUUUAUCUGCUUUGUCGAAAGAUUGGAUCUUUUUAUUGAAUUUCUUGAUUGGCUCCGUAGGGAAACUUAAUUAAUAGAAUCUGUUCAUUUAUUUCUGUAGCAGUUGGACGGUUGGAUUAUUAAUUACUACUACUAUGAAUUUAUGUGAAAUAUUUGGAGGGAAACUCUGAUGGUGUUGUUCAGUUUUAUGUUUUUGUGGUUUGUUUUCUGCAGAUUGAAUGUUUGUGAAUCUUCAUUAGUAUUUUCUUUUUUUUUUACUGUUUAUUUUGUUUGUCUUUAUUUAAAUUUGGAGAGAUUUGCUUUCUUGUGGCAAAUAAUUAAACUAGAAUAGACUGACAAUGCCAGAAUUCAAAUCGUUGAAGUGAAAUAGAUAAAUACAGUUAAAUGCAAGCGAUCUACCCUUAUGAUGAGGAUUGUGGACUGAAAUUCCGAGCUACUAAAAGAGGAGAGUUGAGCAGAGAUUUUUGCCUUAUAACAUUACAAAGCUUCUGUUUUUGGGAUUUGGUUAUCGGAUUAUAUUUCGUCCAGAAAGAACUUUGGGUUAUUGCUUACAAAUAAUGUCUUAUUUGUUCAUAUAUUUUGUGCUAUUAACUUGUACAGAUUGUUUCUUAAGCAUUGUCAUAUAUAGUCAUGCACGCGUCAGCAAAAGGUUCUGAUGUUGGCUUUGCUGAUGGGAAAUUGAUAGGGUUCUCGUCUUCUUGAUGAUCAUCCACAGAGAGUAGACGCUAUACUAUGUUUGACUGGCUGUGUACGCGUGAAUUGAUAUGAUAUGAAGUUGGUCCUGCUCAUUGCAGUCCUGGUGUUCGCAUGUUUAACUGCUUUUGUAUCUCCUGAUGCACAAGGAGAUGCAUUGUUUGCUUUGAGGACUUCACUCAAAGCUUCAAGCAAUCAGCUUACCGAUUGGAAUCAGAAUCAAGUUAACCCGUGCACAUGGUCCAAAGUUAUAUGCGACAGUACUAACAAUGUGACGACCGUGACAUUGUCUAAUAUGGGAUUUACUGGAACCUUAUCACCUCAAAUCGGGAAUUUGAAGGCACUGAAUACACUCCAGUUACAAGGAAACGGAAUAACUGGUAUGAUACCUGAAGAGUUGGGAAAUUUGUCGAGCUUGACAAUGUUAGAUCUCGAAAAUAAUAACUUAACUGGAGAAAUACCGUCUUCCCUAGGCAAUCUCAGGAGGCUCACAUUUUUGAUUUUAAAUCAAAACAAUCUCUCCGGACCAGUUCCCGAAUCACUUUCAAGUCUUUCAAACUUGGUUAACCUACAACUUGCUUCUAACAGUCUGAGUGGUAAAAUCCCAGAGCAGUUAUUUAGGGUCUCCAAGUAUAAUUUUACAGGCAAUCAAUUAAACUGUGGUAUCAAUUUUCCCCACAGUUGUGCCUCCGAAAAUGGAGGCCAUUCAAGUAAAUCAAAGACUGGCAUGAUAAUCGGGAUUGUUGCUGCCCUUGUUGCUAUUAUUGUUCUCGGAUGUUUACUGCUUUUAUUCUUGUGGAAGGGUAGGCAUAAAGGCUACAGACGUGAAGUUUUUGUCGACGUUGCAGGUGAAGUUGAUCGGAGAAUUGAGUUUGGCCAACUGAAGAGAUUUGCGUGGAGAGAGUUGCAGAUUGCUACAGACAGUUUCAGCGAGAAAAACGUGCUGGGACAGGGUGGUUUUGGAAAAGUUUACAAAGGCGUCCUUCCUGAUAACACCAAGGUUGCUGUCAAACGGUUAACUGAUUUUGAGAGUCCCGGGGGGGAUACGGCAUUCCAGCGCGAAGUCGAGAUGAUCAGUGUGGCCGUUCACAAAAAUCUUCUCCGACUCAUUGGCUUCUGCACAACGCCAACUGAACGCCUUCUGGUUUACCCUUUCAUGCAAAACUUGAGUGUUGCCUCUCGUCUUCGAGAGCUUAAACCCGGGGAUCCCGUUUUGGACUGGCCGAGCAGAAAGAGGGUGGCGCUGGGCACAGCGCGUGGGCUAGAGUACUUGCACGAGCAUUGCAAUCCAAAAAUCAUCCACCGAGAUGUAAAAGCUGCAAAUGUUUUGCUUGACGAACAUUUUGAGGCCGUUGUUGGUGACUUCGGGUUGGCAAAGCUUGUUGAUGUGAGGAAAACCAAUGUAACGACACAGGUUCGUGGGACGAUGGGCCACAUAGCUCCUGAAUACCUGUCCACCGGAAAAUCAUCGGAGAAGACCGACGUGUUUGGAUACGGCAUCCUGCUUCUAGAGAUCGUCACGGGCCAACGAGCUAUAGAUUUCUCCCGCUUGGAAGAAGAAGAUGAUGUCUUACUGCUCGACCAUGUCAAGAAACUGCAACGGGAGAAACGACUGGAUGCCAUUGUGGAUCAGAACCUGAGUAGAAACUACAACAUUCAAGAAGUCGAGAUGAUGAUCCAGGUCGCGCUACUGUGCACUCAGGGCUCACCGGAGGACCGGCCAGCAAUGUCAGAAGUCGUCCGUAUGCUGGAAGGGGAAGGGCUUGCUGAGAGAUGGGAGGAGUGGCAGCACGUGGAGGUCACGAGGAGGCAAGAACACGAGAGGCUGCAGAGAAGGUUUGACUGGGGGGAGGAUUCGAUCUACAACCAGAAUGCCAUCGAGCUAUCUGGGGGACGAUAAGAAUAGCAGAGUUGGAAGUGAAAAUUCGUUAGAAAGGAGAAGUCAUAUAUACCACAUUUUAUGUGUUUCGUUUGCUUUGCUUCAAUUGAAAUGAAAUAUUUUUUGUUUUCAGUUAAA